GAGGCAUUGAUUGGUGUAGAAAAAUAUCAAACAUUUAGAUACUUUACUAAAGUUACUUAUUUUUUAUUUAUUAUUAUCUAUAAAAAGGGCUGCUUCAACUCUAAUUUUGAAGCAAGCAGGGCUUAAACACUUUUUCCUGUAUUUUCUUAUGCUAAAACCAAACACUUUUACCAUGGCAUUAUCAUCCUCAUUAUCUUAUUAUUAUUAUUAUUAUUAUUAUUAUUAUUAUUAUGUCUGUAUUUCUUUUCUACUGUGUUUCGUUACCUCUGCUCAAAGUUACAACAAUGUAACCUUGGGGUCCUCUCUGGUUGCUGGUGAUAUCUCGUCAUCUUGGGUAUCUCCCUCCAAUGACUUUGCUUUCGGGUUUCAAGAGAUAGAGUCUGGAAGUUUUCUGUUAGCCAUAUGGUUCAAUAGAAUCCCUGAAAAGACCAUAACUUGGUCAGCCAACAGAGAUCAUCCAGUACCCAGAGGGUCGAAAGUAAAACUAACAACUGACAGAAGCUUAAUACUUAUUGACACAAGUGGGCACGAGAUAUGGAGAGCGAAGCUGCCAGCUGGCAGCAGGAGCAGAAGGGUAACACUUUUCUCUGCAGCUAUGCUCGACACUGGCAACUUUGUGCUGCUUGAUAGGGCUUCUGCUGUCCUUUGGCAAAGCUUUGAUGAGCCAACUGACACUCUUUUGUCUGGACAGACGCUGAAACAAGGCAGUCGACUCAUUGCUAGUUUUUCUAAAAUGAAUAACUCGAAUGGAAGGUUUUCAUUCGACUUGGGAUUCGAUGGAACUCUUGCAUUGUACACUACCGAUUUCCCUCUUUUCAACACUCUCAACUCCAAUUAUGAGACAUUCAACGAUCAGGGACUCGGUUACCAGGUGCUGUUCAGCCAGUCUGGUAUACUUCACCUUGUAGACAGUACUGGUAAAGUUCUUGCUGAUGUAUUUCCAAAUGAAGUUUUACAUGAACAAGUUCUUUACCAGAGGGUCAUUCUUGAAUAUGACGGUGUAUUAAGACAUUAUGUCUACCCAAAGAGUACAUCUGGUUCAGGCGGCUGGACAAUCAAGUCCUUCACUCCCGAUAACAUCUGUACUGCUGUUAUACAGCAAACAGGUAGCGGGGUUUGUGGUUUCAACAGCUACUGCAAAUUAGGAGAUGACAAAAGACCACACUGCAUAUGCCCACCAAGCUACGUGCUCUUAGAUCAAAACAAUGAUAUGGGUGGAUGCUAUCAGAACUUUCCUACACAGAGUUGUAAACAAGGAUCACAAGACAAAAAUCAGUUCGACUUCAAGGUGUUACAAGAUGUAGAUUGGCCGCUUUCAGAUUACGAGCAUUUUCAGGAUGUUACAGUAGAAUGGUGCAGGGAAGUUUGUCUAACAGAUUGCUUCUGUGCUGUUGCCAUUUUCAGAGAGGGAGGGGACUGUUGGAAAAAGAAACUACCUCUCUCUAAUGGGAAAAACGACACCUCUGUUGACAGGACAGCUUUCAUUAAGAUAAGGAUUAAUGGUCGUUUCAACCAUGUUAAUUAAAAUCAGAUUUAGAUCACAAGAUCUUAUGAUGUAAUCCAACUGAUAUAUGAUCUAAGAACAUCUGUAUUAAAACCAAAAUGUAAUUUCUUCUUAUGCAAUAUGGAUAUACUAUCUAUCUUGGAUAAUACUAUUA